AUGUCUAAUUGUCACGCGUGCACGAAAUCGAUCCCCACUACAGAUCGACAAGCAAUCAAUUGUUCAGUAUGUCGUUCCCGCUGGCACGGUGUAUGUGCUCGCCCGCAACCUGUAGAUGUCGAAAAAGAUACGCUUUCGAAUUGGAGGUGCGAGAAAUGCCCUGCUCCUUCUCAUGACACAUUAGAUCUCAGCACACAACGAUUCAAUGCAAUAUUGGCUCAAUUCUCGACACUCAACAACUCGAUUACUACUACCAAUAAUAAAAUUGAAGAACUGACUGCAACAAUUACAGCCCACUCUGAAAGAAUUGAAUCUUGCGUCGUUGAAAUAGCCAGCUUACGCGAUGACAAUAAAUUCCUGAAAACAAAAAUUGUGACCCUCGAGAAUGAACUGCUAAACAUGAAAUCUAAUGCUAAUCAAAUCCAUGCUGAAAUUUCUGAUAGAAUCAGUAGAGAAAGAAACAUCCUAAUAAUGGGGUUGGUCGAAGGCAAUACCGCUGAGGAUCUGGUAUUAGCGAAUGAUAUUUUAAGCAAGAUUACGAAUGGGAUCGCAAUAAAUAAUAUUCAGCGCUUAGGCAAGGUCCCCACAGAUGGGAAAAAACGCCCACUCAAAGUAACACUAGCUUCCUUUGAAGAUGUGUUGAGUGUCCUCAGGAACAAAUCGAAAUUACCCCGUGAUUCGUUUCCUACCAUUUCCAUUAAGCCCGACUCAACUCCUGCACAAAUAAAACACCUAUCGGAGCUGAGAAAAGAACUGCAAACCAGACUUGAAGCUGGUCAAAUGAGUGAUGCUACAUCUUCGAAUCACAGAGAACAAUUGCAACACAGAGAUGAUGAUAGACCUACAAAUUACUUCAUUGAUAGUUGUAUCUGCUGCCCUAUCCAUAAAGAAGAUGCAGCUGAUAACUCCAGCAUUAGUUGUGAUAGGACUGUUGGGGAGGCAGCUCGACAAUAUUUAAGAAGUGCAAAGGAGAGGAGCGUGUUUUGA